AUGGAUAAGAAAGUGUGUAAAAAGUUCCAGGAUGUUGAGGAUUGGUUUCUUGAUGAAUUGGGCAGUGAUGGUGAGAAUCAAUUUAAACAUCCUGAAGAUUUACAAAAGUAUUGUAUUACUAAAUGUAAUAGUAAUUUAGAUAAAAUUAAUGCUGGAUGUUUAUAUUUGUUGGAUCAAUUCUAUAAGCAUGAUGGUAUGUUUCCCUCUCCUUCAAAAAGUAACCCCUAUAUUGUUGAUAACAUUUUUAUAUGGUUAAGUUAUAUGUUAAACAUGGAUACAACUAUUAAUUACAACGGUAUAAAGUAUUUGUAUGAUAAUUACAUAACGAAACGUGGUACGUAUAAGGAGCAUAUAAAUGGCUUAAUUGGUUAUAAUACUUAUGAGGAACUUAUAGAUGAAAGAAAGGGUUUUUUGAAUAUGGAUAAAACUAUUGUAUCUAAAUUUUAUGAAGCAUUAAAAUCAUUAUGUAAAUUGUAUAAUGAACUUGAUGAUGGCAAUCAAAAUUGCAUGAAUUAUUUGAAUGAUGAUAAUGAAUUUUCAAAAAAAUAUAAGGAUCUUAAUGAAGAUACUAAUAUUACUAAAAAUAGUUAUUAUAGUGAAAUAUUGUCUACUUUAUCAAAUGAUUAUAAUGAUUUUAAAAGGGAAUGUAACAGUAUUUUAUCCUCUCUAUCGAAAGAAACAGAAGAAAAUCAUGGACUAACUCCUGAACAAUAUUCUGAACAAUAUUCUGAACUAUAUUCUGGACAAGAAUAUGAAUCGAAUCCUGAAUCGAGUUCUGAAGUUACAUCAUCAAGUUCAUCGAUAGUAAGCAAAUUAAUUCCAGUUUUAUUGAUACUUGGUGCAAUACCAAUUUUUUUUGGAAUUGCUUAUAAGUAUUCAUUAUUUGGAUUUCGGAAAAGAGUUCAAAAACAUUUAAGAAAAAAGCUAAAAAAAUAA